AGUUAAGUGAACACACAGCGAAGUCAUGUUGUUUUCAUCCAUGGAUCAAAUACAAUCCACGAGCAGCAAUGGCCAGAUAUCUGGAUGGAGAAUUCUGGGAGAUUAAAGAUGCCUUUCGGGAAGAGAUUUCAAAGUGUGAACUGUUUCAGUCCAGCAGUUAUGAACUGACUCUGGAUCAGAAUAGAGACCUGACUGCAGAAAGACUGCAUUACAUCAUCAAACUACCACUGAUGAGGAAACACCUCAAAAAUCAGCUUAAAGAAAAACAAAAAGGCUUUAUAGCCAAGAGUCUGGGGAUCACCGAACUCAUCUGCACAGCGGACAUGGCCACAGGAGUCAAGCUCGGUGUUGUGUGUGGACUAUAUGGAGGUGCUGUUACUAAUCUUGGGAGCCCGGAACAGAAGGUGAAAUGGUAUCAGCCGGUUUCAGAGUUGGAGUUUACAGGCAUGUUUGCAAUGACUGAGAGAGGGCAUGGUAGCAAUGUACGGGGCAUUCUUACCGAGGCUCGAUACGAUCAGUCCACACAGGAGUUUAUUAUCCACACACCUUCAGAAGAUGCCCAGAAAUUGUACAUUGGGAACGCAGUGAAAGGAAACUAUGCUGCUGUAUUUGCUCAACUGGCUAUAAAUGGAGAAUCUCAUGGUCCCCACUGUUUUAUUGUACCAAUCCGUGAUCAGAAUGGAGUCAUGUGGCCUGGAGUAACAGCGACUGACAUGAAGCACAAGGAAGGUCUGCACGGGGUCGACAACGGCAUUUUGAUAUUUGAUAACGUACGGAUACCACGAGAAAAUCUGCUCAGAAAGUUUGGUUCUGUAUCAGCAGAUGGUGUGUACUCGUCUCCUAUCAUCAGUAGAAGCAGUCGUUUCAAUGCAAUGCUCGCUGCACUGACACCCGCCCGGUUGGGUCUCGCCGUACAGGCAAUGGCUGCAAUGAAGUUGGGGCUCAUCAUAGCAGUACGCUACAGUCACAGUCGCAGACAGUUUGGUCCAAAGGACCAUGAUGAGGUGAAGAUCAUUGAGCACCAAACACAGCACCUGAGACUGAUGCCACACCUGGCUGCUGCCCUCGCUCUCACCUUCACCACCAGAUACGCAUCAGUUUUGAUGGAUGAUGCGUUGUGUCAGGGUCAGGACCUUCAAAGCAACCGUGCUUUGCAAGCGCUUGUCGCUGGACUGAAAGCCUACAGCACGUGGGAGAACCUCGCUUGUCUGCAAGACUGUCGUGAGUGUACCGGCGGGAUGGGCUUCAUGAUGGAAAACCGAAUCCCUUCUCUGAAGUGUGAUUCUGAUGUCUUUGUCACAUUUGAGGGCGACAACAUGGUCAUGCUGCAGGUGGUGGUACGAGAGCUGCUGACCCAGCACACCAAACAGAUGGGGAACAACUUGGUGAUGGGACUGAUCCAAAACUGGGCCACCUCAGCCACAGACAGCCUCAGAACCAGCUUUCUUGGCUUCAGCGUGGACAAAGUGGGAGACAUGUCGUUCUUGCUGAAGGCUGUGAGCUACAGGGAAAGGGUGUUACAACGCAGUCUAGCUAGUCGACUUUACACUAAGGUAGAAAAAAACAAAGAAGAGUUUUUCAAGGCCUGGAACUCUUGUCUACAUCAUGUGACCACUUUGGCGAUGGCACACAUACAUAGAGUGACAUUAGAGCAGUUCUCUCGGGCCAUUCAAGAAUGCCAAGUCAAAGGCGACCGUGCCCUGCUAGCCAAGAUAAUGAAGUGUUCUAGAUAUACAGUAUAUAGAGGCGGACUGGCCAUCUGGAGAACUGGGACUUUUCCCGAUGGGCCGGCCUCAAAACGGGGCUGCGAUAUGCCGAAGGAGACAGCAACACACAUUGCCACAACUCUUGGAUUUACAGUUGAUCUGCAAUUCUGCCUUCUUCAUGGCACUAGUCUGGUGUACCAGGAGAGAGCGUGGUAUCUGGAGCACAAUUACCUGACGCCCAACACCAGCAGACAGAUCCGCAGCCAGCUUUUGGAGCUGUGCAGAUCGGUGAAGGACGAUGCAUUGAAGGUGGUCGCUGACUUCAACGUCCCAUUCUGUUGUAUCCAAGCCCCCAUCGCGGGGGUAACCAACCCCAGGGCGGAGUGGGCCUUCUACGCCCAGCCACAGUAUCCCAGUAGUGGCCUGCCUCUGUCUAAGCUCUGAGUAAAUGAACCUGGAGCAAUGUGCAAGAGGCCAACCCACUGUCUUACGAGGAUACAGAAACACAAUCGAGUGAUUUCAGGUAGCUGGCCUCAAUAGUUUGGAACAGCUUUGCAUUUUUUUUUUUUUUUUUACAAUGGUUGAGACAGAGACAUUAUAAGUGCAUGAAAACGGACCACUCGAUGAAAAUUAAUGGGAGAAAUCUGUAGGAAUGGAAAACCUUUCGGUUAAAAGAGCCAGUCACAUUUUUGAUAGAUGCAUGACCUAUUUGUUUACUCUUGAACCCGCGUUUGCUGGACCAGCCUGAAAAAUAAUUGAUUUAACAUGAUUUGAGUCAAAGAAGCACAAUUUAUGAGGCCUUUGGUUUUAUUUCUGAUUUAAGAUAUAUUAUAGAAACAGACUCUUGACUAACAGUUUUGGAAAUUUAUCUUUUCCCAAGUAUAUAGGAGCUGCACCAUCACCAAAAUGGCCACAUGAACUGUCUUGCCUUAAAGGGAUUGAAUUAUUGGAGUCGGUCAAUGCAAUAGUUCUUAUUUCCCUAAUGUUUUAUUAUAAAGUGUCAUGCUUUGUGCCAAAAAGAAUUUUAAUGUCAUGAGAAGGUAUGACACUACUUUUCUGUACCUUUAAAAGAAUGUUCCAUGUCCAAUGCAAGUUAAGCUUAAUCAACAGCAUUUAUAGAAUAAUGUUGGUUACCACCAAAAAAUUAUUUCGACUCACCCCUCGUUUCUAUAUAUACAUAAAUGUGUGUGUGUGUGUAUGUGUGUGUGUGUGUGUGUGUGUGUGUGUGAGAUAACAGUGCGGCACUUACAAUGAAAGUGAAUGGGCCAGUGCAUACACAAUGUUUCAAAAAGAUACCCAAAGAUGUAAACAUUAUACGUUGACAAUUUUAAUGUGAAAAAAAUGAAUCACUUACUAACCUUUUCUGUGUAAAGUUAUAUACAGUAAUACAACUUUGUUGCAUCACCGGUAAACCCUAGACACAAUUUUAGUACACUAAAAUCAUGUAGAACAGACAUUUUAACACUAAGUCAUGUUGACCCAGAUAAUGUUUAUGUCUUUUGGCUAUAGUUUUGAAUCAAUGUGUAUUUAACUUGUAUUGAACACGGAAUAUUACUUAUAAUAAUGUUUCUUUUUCUGUGUAUGAAGAAGGGAAAUACAUUUAUGCACAUUGUGUCUUUAUGGGUUCUAAAAAUGUUUAAUGCUUUUGAAAAGCUGAAUAGUGUCCAAAUGGGAAAAAAACCUGAAACUUAUUUGCAUUGUACUCCAUCCAAUGUACUGAACAUCUUGCACUUAAAGAGGACCUCUGAUAGGAUGUUUACAAGGACAUAAUGAAUAAUUGUGGUUUUAUCUAAUAUAAAUGUCCAUUCUGGUUACAAAUUUAAUGAGUCUUACAUUUCAUAAUCUCUCAGUAAUUUCAGCAACUUCUGAUUGCCCUCAAAGGAGUUAGUAUACAAGACAGUUGUUACAUAGAUAUAAAGUAGUUAUGUAAUUUCUUAUGAUCUCAUCGCUUUUUUUUUUUUUUUGACAACAAAGUGGUUGUUUUAAAAUGCAAUGGAUGUUUGUGGCAUAGAUUUUAAGGUGAGUUCUGCCAAGAUGGAGUUUUGUAGAUAUAGUGCCAACAGAGCCUGAAAGAGUUGAAAUGUAAGU